GUGAAAGGAAAAAGGAUGUGUUCAUUACAGUUAUAUUCUGUCUCCACCCAGCUGCAGAACAAAUACUCCAGAAGUGGAAUAUCGUGCUUGUUAAAGGAGGAAGAGGACUCCUGGGGCUCCACUGAGGAAGAAAACAGAUACUGCUUGCAGGCUAAGAGGGAACUGUAUCAGCUUAUUGAAGAGGUGACUUUGAGGACAUUUGGGGAAACCAUUUCUACAGUUCCAGAAAAGCAGCGAAGUAUUAAUUUCCCACCCAGAGGUGGAAAACCUCAGAGAGUGGCGGCUCACAUUACUGGGAUGACUCGGAAAAGCAGCUCAGCCUUAAUUCCAAUCUCCAAGGAUGGAAAGAUCUUGGGCCAGAAGAUAGAAUCCUGGGAGUCAUCGAAGAAAGGGCAUUCAUUCCUCAGCUAUGUACAUUUGAGAAAUGGAGAGCUGGUCAUCCAGGAAGAGGGCCUUUAUUACAUCUAUUCCCAGACUUACUUCCGGUUUAAAGAGGUUGAAGACACUCCCAAGGCAGUCUCAAAGGACAGAGGGAGAAACAAACAAAUGGUACAGUACAUCUACAAAUACACCACCUACCCAGACCCCAUAAUGCUCAUGAAGAGUGCCAGAAACAGCUGUUGGUCCAGAGAUGCAGAAUACGGACUCUAUUCCAUCUAUCAAGGGGGGCUGUUUGAGCUUAAAGAAAAUGACAGGAUUUUUGUUUCUGUGACAAAUGAGAAUUUGGUGGACCUGGACCAAGAAGCCAGUUUUUUUGGAGCCUUUUUAAUUAACUAAAUGACCUGCAGCGAUCACACACAGCCCUAAAUGUCCAGUCAUCUAGGUUGAUGUCUGUGGUUUAUAUUGUUGCCAGGUCCCACGUGGAACUCAGUUUUGAGAGACGUAAUAGGCUUCUGUGACAACCUCUACCUCCAGGCCCCUUCCAAUCCCCAAAAAGUAGCAGCCUAGACAGGAAGUCAUCGAAGACAACUCUUUUUUUUUUUUUUUUUUUUUUUGGUUUUUCGAGACAGGGUUUCUCUGUGUAGCUUGGCGCCUGUCCUGGAUCUCGCUCUGUAGCCCAGGCUGGCCUGGAACUCACAAAGAUCCGCCUGCCUCUGCCUCCCGAGUGCUGGGAUUAAAGGCAUGCGCCACCACCGCCCGGCCGUCAAAGCCAACUCUGAAAAGUUGUGAUAUGGAUGCUGAAGUGUGGCUCUCCACACGGAUGGCUUCUGUCGGGCGUGAGUAGAGAGGGACUCGGUUCUCUUUAAGGGGCUGGCCUGGGAGUUUGACCGUACUGCAGUGAGUGUAUGGGAACACAAGCUGGACUUUUAGGAGGGAAUUCACAAGAGUGGAGGUGGGCCUGAGAGGACUGGAAGUGAGUGUGACUACGGUUAUGUUACAUUUAUGCAAAAUGUCCAAAUAAUCAGUAAAUAAUCAAUAAAAAUAUUAUGUUGAAAAAAAAUCACAGAAUCUCUCACCUGGACCAUUAGGAGAUUUGUGUGUGUGUGUGUGUGUGUGUGUGUGUGUAACUGUUUUCUAUGGUAACUUAUUAUGUGGUUCUCAAGUGUGAACUCUGUGAUAACAACAUUGUGUCCCAUCAUCAUACAAAAUACAUGUGUUCAUGGCUCAAAAUCCACAAGUAACAAAGGUUGGACACCUCUGAAAUUUAAUGUAUGGCUCGAGAAAAUUCUCUUGACCCAGUGAGGUCCAGAGAAGCCAGUAGUUUGGACACCCCUGAUUCUAGUCUUUGGGAAGUUUCCAGAAGAAAGACCAUGGAUACAUUCUUUUAUAAAAUUGUUUCUUUUAUUUUUUGAGAUUAUAAUAUCAUUUCCUCCCUCCAAACCCUUCCAUCCCAUAAAUCCUUCCAUACUGUUCUUCAACUUCAUGGCCUCUUUUUUCAUUAAUUACUAUUAUUACACACACACACACACACACACACACACACGCACGCACGCACGCACGCACGCACGCACGCACGCACAAUUCUCUGUCUGUUUAGCAUUACUUGUUUAGAGUCACCCUUGAGCUGAACCAGGACAACAACAGACAUGCUAACGUGGAUGGGAAGCCCAGGAGGCCUCAACUCUACACUAACAGCUACAAGCAAUUAAGGAUGCUGAGAGCUGAGAAACAGACUUUUGUAGGGAAGAGAACAAUUGGAUCCACUCUUGAGAAACACAUCAGAGCUGCAAGGUGGACCGGUCUCCAGAAGUUGUAGCUUCUGCAGCCUCGCUGACAGUGGUGACUAAUCUUUACCGUGAAGAUUAACAGAGCACACCCCUAGGUGUGUCUCCUGAGGGCAUUUCCCGAGAGGAUUAGGUCAUAGGGGUUUGUCUACUACACAGAUUCAGAAUUUGAAUAGCUGCUUGGGAGGUAGUUAAACUGUGGAAAAUGGACCUAGUCUUAUUUGGGCUCUUCCCUUCAUGGCACGCUCCCUGGGCUCUUCCCUUCACGGCACGCUCCCAGUCCUCCUUCGCUUUUGAGACAGGGUAUCAUGUAUCCCAGGCUGACCUCAAACCAAUAUGUAGUGUCGUCUCUCUCCUCCCUCAUGGAGUAUGCCAGGCUGGGUGAAACAGCAGCCACUCGACAACUGAGCCGUCCCAGUCUCCAUUCUUUCCUUUUCUGAACUUUGUGCCCCUAUAAUUUGAAAGUAUGCAACAUUCAGAUGUUGUGGAAUAUUAAUUUGAGAUGUGUUACAUUCAUUUAUGCUGUGAAAUAUCUAAUGAUGCAAAGA